AUCCAUUAUCGUGUCCAUCAAAAUUUAAUUAUGCAUCCCAUCUGUCACCGUCAACUGAAUGUGACCUACUUUUUAGCUCCUCUUUUGGCAAGCCUGUGCCCGAACAACAACAUUGAUCGAAAUCUGGCGGGAGAAAAAACAACAAAAGCAGCUUUAAAGCUUAACACAUCCGAUUCCAAGUUCGACCCGUUCCAUGACCCGCCUCCUGGUGAAUCCGCCUCGCGUCGCCAUUAUCGCCGCGGAUGGUGGUCGGUAAAUCAGUGGAUCGCCGCCAUUCUCAUUAUGUUCAUCAGCGAUUUACGGCGGGAUUUCUUUGACCGACUCCGCCAUGAGCGCGUACUUGUGUUGGCCAAUCUGGACGUGGAUGCCGUAUGCUCGGUCAAGAUCCUGCAGUAUCUUUUUAAGGCCGAGCAGAUUCUGCACACGCUCGUGCCCGUCCAAGGCCGAUCCGACCUGAUUCGCGCCUUCCAAGCCAAUGUCCAACCUCAAGAAAUCGGUCCGCAGGAAACGCGUUAUGUGGUCCUGAUCAAUUGUGGGGCCACGGUCGACUUGGCCCAGGAUUUGGGCCUGUUGAACGACAAUGAUGAGGACGACGGCCAUGCCAAGGGUAACCAAUCGGGCUGGGAAGGAGUGGUGAUCUUUGUGGCCGAUUCCCAUCGACCCGUGGAUGUGACCAACGUUUAUAAUGACGGACAGAUCAAGCUACUCAUGCCGCAGGAUCCCGAAGAAGGAAUUCCAAGUUUUGAGCAAGUGUUUAGGGACGAGGACGAGGAUGAGGUUGAGGACAACGAGGAAGAAGACGAGUUUGGCGAGAAACGCUCACGCUUCGAUGAAGCUGCCAUCUUAAAGCGACGAGAUCGACGCAUUUGGGAGGAAAGGCGGGCCAAAAUCUUAUUCGAUUACCAACAAUUCAGUUAUUACGCCCAACCCACCGCCCUCUUGAUGUUCGACUUGGCCUGGAAAAUGUCCCGGGAUUCCAACGAUCUGCUCUGGUGGGCCAUUAUUGGCUUGACCGAGCAAUCCAUACUCAUGAAGAGCGAGAGCGAUCAGUACCUCAUUCAAAUGGGGCAGGUCCGCGACCACGUGACACGGCUCAACAAUCGUUUGGAUGCGGAUACCCUGGCCGUUAACUGCUUAAAAGUGGCCUUUGACAAAGAGCUUAAUCUGGUGCUAUAUCGCCAUUGGACCAUUUACGAAAGCCUCAUUCACUCGUUAUACACGGCGGCCAAGUUCAAGAUCUGGACCCUAAAGGGCAAACAACGCCUCUCCGAGUUCUUGGCUGAGCUGGGCCUACCCUUGGUGCAAUGCAAACAAAGUUUCGCCACGAUGGACCUAAGUUUACGAAACGACAUCGUGUCUAUGUUUGAGAAAAUGGCCGAGAAGUAUAAGCUCGAUCAAAUCACAUCGGGUACAUUCCACGCCAGUUUCGGCUUUCGAAACAAAUUCAACGCGCAGGAUGUGGUCUACGCCGUGCUCGCCCUCAUGGAACACGUCGAACCGGAAACGCCAGCGGCGGAUGCGUUCCUCCAAGCCCUCGAUUGUCUGUCCCGUUCUCAAAUCGCCACCCUCGAAACGGGAAUCACCUCGGCCCGUGGGUUGAUCACCGUGGUCAUGGAGCAGGUUCAGAAUUUCUUGGACCUCCGACUUAUCGUAUCGGCCGGGCCUUUUCUCUAUGCAGUCAUUCAAGAUGGGACGCCUAAUGCGUUCUUCUUCUCCCGUCCAAGUGCUCUUUUGCUUUUAGCUCACUACACUUUGAGAGCCCAUGUCACCGUCACGAGUAGCAAAAAGGCCAGUUCUUUACCUUUGGUGAUAUCAACCCCUUUGGACUCGUCCGAAGGGGUGUGCUUAGUGGCGGGCGUGCCUCCGGUGAGUGAUCGCUCUCGCAAGAAUCUUUUGGGCAAGGCAUUUGAGCAAGCUUUGAAGCGGACAAAUUCUCGAUACCGUCUCGAUUAUUUUGACACUUCCAUAGUUCAAUUAAAAACUGAAGACCGCUCCAAGUUUUUUGAUGGACUCAUAUCCUUACUAACUUGAGCGGGCUGGGCUAGCUUGAUCUGACUCACCCGGUUCGUUUUAACAUCAUUUGAUUGGGUGUCCUCGAUUCUUGGUUGAAUCUUUUACCCACACCAAUUAGCUCCGCUUGAUAUUCAAUAAAAGUCAUUGGAAAUGAAAA